UAUACAUUGUAUAAUAUUUAAAAGAGUCUUUACGUCGUUAUAAUCCCUUUAUUAAUUUAAAAUUACGUCACACCGGCCAAUGUUUCGAUUUCGUUGUAACUUAUGCAAUAUGCGACAUUUAAUUGGUUCUUUCUCUUCAUUCUCCUAAACACGAGCGUGUUAAUUGGUGUGCAGACAGCCCUUAAAGGAGAUUAGCUUCACAAAUAUUUCAAUGGCUCAUGGAAAGAAAGAUGGUUUCAGCUAUAUAGAUGGUAUUCCUAUUAAAGUUAUUGAAAAAUACCGCCCGCCAAGAAAAGUCAUGUUGCCCAUUGCUUGUCAUAUUCCCGAUCUGACACCAUUGCUGAAAGAAGAGUAUGACUUUUCUUUGGAAAACAAAGUUUUGAAAUGGACAGAAAAUUACAGACAAGAAAUAAAAGAAGUGGAAGAUGCAAAAAGGAAAAAUAUGGCUUCCGAAACAGAAUUUACGAAACCGGAUAUUUUGAGUGAAUUAAAAUUGCCAGAUAGUGAAGAAAGGGUAAUGCAAAGUGACAGCUGUGAAAAACAGACAGACAGUGAUAUACCUGUGAAUGCAAAUUUUGUUCCAAAAUGGCAAAUACAUUCAAUACUAGAACCUCAACAAGUUCCCUGUCAGUCAGUAAGUAAUGGGUUAGAAAAUGUUAGAUUAAAAAAUAUUAAUAUUUCUGACUUUGAAAGUGAAUCUACCAGUCCGUUUGAUUAUGUAGAACUCCAAACUAUCAAUGAUUUAGAAGAGUUGAAUAGUGUCUUCCAAGACAUGAAUGUUGUGAAACACAGUACGAAUAAUGCUCUCGAACGAAAUAACCCUUCGAAUGUUUCAUUAGAUGUAGGUAUUUGCCACACGAAUUGGGAAUUUCAAAACAGAUUUCAGUUCGGAAAUGAUAGAACUGUUAUGAAACGCACGCUUUCACAACCCAUCUUUGAAUCGGCCGUGCGCCAUCAAAAUCACUCUGCAAAUCAGUUUGUUGCCACAUCGGUGACAAGUAACCCAUGCUUGAAACAAAAUACUCUAGAAAAUUCUUAUAAGAUGUAUUCGGCCUCAUUGGGAAAUCCACCAACUGAGGGUAGUGCCCUAUUUAAUAAUACAUAUAACUUUAGUGAUAAAGAUUCUAACUGUUCCCCUUAUUCUUCGUUAAGUGCUUCUGUAAUCAGAAACUCUAGAAGUAUUUCAGAUUUAAGAAAAAUUACAGAUUUAAAUGCAGAAGAGGAUCACACGUCCUGGAGACCAAACACACCUCCACUUAAAUCUUCUAAAUCUGUUUCUGUAGAUGUGAGUAUUUUAUUUUCUAUUUUAAUCACAUAAAUAUGUUCUUUUAUA